GCAGGCGGCGGCGGCGGCGGCCGGGGAGCAGCGGGAGCCGCGGCGGCCGCGCCAUGUGGCUGCUGGGGCCGCUGUGCCUGCUGCUGAGCAGCGCCGGGGAGAGCCAGCUGUUGCCUGGGAAUAACUCCACCAAUGAGUGUAACAUUCCGGGAAACUUCAUGUGCAGCAAUGGACGUUGCAUCCCUGGGGCGUGGCAGUGCGACGGGCUCCCUGACUGCUUUGAUGAAAGCGAUGAGAAGGAAUGCCCCAAAGCCAAGUCCAAGUGUGGCCCGACUUUCUUCCCUUGUGCCAGUGGAAUCCACUGUAUCAUAGGUCGCUUCAGAUGCAAUGGAUUCGAAGACUGUCCAGAUGGCAGCGAUGAAGAAAACUGCACUGCAAACCCGCUACUAUGCUCCACAGCCCGCUUCCAUUGCAAAAAUGGCCUCUGUAUCGACAAGAGCUUUGUGUGCGACGGAGAAAACAAUUGUCAAGACAACAGCGAUGAGGAGAACUGUGAGAACUCCCAAGAGGCGGGCAGCGGACAGGUCUAUGUGACACCAGAGAACCAGCUGCUCUACUACCCCAGCAUCACCUAUGCAAUCAUCGGCAGCUCCGUCAUCUUUGUGCUGGUGGUAGCCCUCCUCGCUCUAGUGUUGCAUCAUCAGCGGAAAAGAAAUAAUCUGAUGACCCUGCCUGUGCACAGACUGCAGCAUCCCGUGCUUCUAUCCCGCCUGGUAGUUCUUGACCACCCACAUCGCUGCAGCGUCACCUACAACGUCAACAAUGGCAUCCAGUAUGUGUCCAAUCAGGUCUACCACAAUUCCCUGGACUUGGACUCCCCGCCCUCCUACUCCGAAGCCGUGCUGGACCAAAGCAGACCCCCGUGGUUCGACCUCCCUCCUCCCCCAUACUCUUCAGAAGGCGACUCCUUGAGUCAAACAGAGCUGCCCCCCUAUCGCUCACGAGCCGGGAGCACGGCAAGCUGCAGCCCGGCAGCAGACGGCGACCUCCUCGGCCCCUCCGACGGUCAGCCCCAGGACAGCGGCAGCUACACCGACCACCCUCAUCCAUCUCCGGAGAGAACGCCGGAGCCAAGUGACUCACUGCUCAGCUCAGGCACGAUGGGGAACCUAUAAAAUCCAGUCAUUUUUUAAAAGUCCAUAUGGGUUAAUCUA